AUAUGCAACUCCAAUAAAGAAGAUCUCCAGAGAGAGAACUCAUCUUGCUUAGAAACUACUCAGUGAUGGAACUGCCAUUGAGACAACCUCACUUCUAGAGAACAAGGAAAGUGUUCCUUGUAGCCAAUGAGUUGAACUGAUAGUAAUUAUUAAGCAGCUUCCAAUGCAUAGGACACCUUCCAGAACAAAGAAUAAUACAUCUCAAAUGGAAAAUGUUUUGGAGUUUCAGAAAUUGGAAAAUAUUGAAGGUGUAAGUUUAGUGGAUCAAAUUAAUCUUAUUUUAAGGCAGAAGAAACAGAAUUGUGAUUCAGGGGCACUCCUGCUGCUACUCUUGUCAAACUUGCUGCUGUGGGAGAAAGCUUCAUCAGUUCCUGCAUGUAUGGCAGAAAAGAGCGGCUGCUGGAACCCACUUAUGGAAACAUUUGACAGUGCCAUCCGGAAAGCUGAAACCCUUCGUACACUUGCUAACCAAUUCUAUGUAGAGCUUUACCACAACCAAUUCUCAUCUGGAAAAUUUGCAACUCUUACUUCCAAACUGGUUCGGCGGGAUGAGAUUGUUUUCAGAGCUGCAUCUUACUGCCAUUCUACUCUAACAAAUCCCCCAAAUAAGGGAAUUCAAUACAUAACUAUUGAAAUCCCAGAGUAUUUAAAAACUUUGAUAAAUUAUGUGGGUGCCUGGAUUAGCCCUCUAUUCCAUCUAGUGAUUGAACUGAGUGCCAUGAAAGAUGUCCCCGAAACUAUCCUCUCAAAAGCCAAGGAGAUUGAAGAGAACAACAGAGAAAUUCUGCAUGACCUUAGGUGGAUAAUCACCGAGGUCUAUCCUACCUCAAAGAAGAAGGAAAAUUUUCCCAGCUGGGAACUUCUUUCAUUCUUAAAAUCAAAUAGCAGAAAUUCUAAAUUUUUGGCAAUGUUUAACCUUUCCCACUGUUUAGAGUAUGAUACACAGUUCUUUCUAUUUCAUCUCAGAAUACUGAAGUGUCGAAUAACUGGAAAAGAUUGCUAAGUGCACAUUUACCAUAUCCGCUUUGGAGAUGCUCCACAAAAGUUCAUUGCAGAGCUGUUGCUUUUAAUUGUAAACAUUUCAAAUACAUGUGUGGGUAUAAUGGGUCUCUUAAAAAAAAAUAAAAUCACUCUCUUUAGAAAUGUCCAAAAUUUUAAAGCUUAUUCAUCUUUUGUUCAUUGAAUAGAACAUAUAUCAAUAAAGUUAGAUUUACUC